CAAACAGAAAACAUCUUUAUUUCUUUCAGCAGAGUGGCAGUGACUUGUGUGGUCAGCGACAUCGCCAAAACAAAGUUGACAAAGUCCACUUGACAGACAGGUAGCCCGGGCUGCACAGGGGGAGGUGGGGGCGAUGGACACUGGGGGCUGUAGUUCCAAGUGCGACGUGGUGUAGGGAGGAGGGGCGAGUGACGGCGGCCCAGGACUACAGCUCCCGGCAGGCGCCGCGGCCAGCCGUCCACCGGUACCUUCGAUGCCCAGCGACCAUGUCGUCCCCCGGCUUCGCGUAGACAGAGGCUGAAGAGGGAAGGGCUCGGCGGCGUCGCUUCUCCCCCGCAGCGCAGCGACAGCGCCGGCAAGGCACGGCAGCCACCAGCGAUGGGGUCCAGGAUCAAGAAACAUCCAACGACUACUUUUGAAGUGUAUGCAGAAGUUACACAGCCCGAGUCUGGUGGUUCAGAUCCUGAGGUGCGGAGGCAAUUCCCUGAGGACUUCAGCGACCAGGAAGUUCUGCAGACAUUGACCAAGUUUUGCUUCCCUUUCUAUGUGGACAGCCUUACAGUCAGUCAAGUUGGCCAGAACUUUACGUUUGUACUCACUGACAUUGACAGCAAGCAGAGGUUUGGAUUCUGCCGCUUAUCUUCUGGGGCUAAGACUUGCUCCUGCUUCCUAAGCUAUUUACCUUGGUUUGAGGUUUUCUACAAGCUUCUGAACAUCUUAGCCGAAUACACUGCCAAAGGCCAGGACUGUCAGUGGAAGAAUUUGCUGCAUAUACUAUACUGCAUUGUUCCUCCGGAACCAGGCGUGGCUGUGCAGUUAGGUGUGCAUUUGUACUUUACUCCUCCAAAUAACGAAGACCUUCCGAGCAUACCUGAAAAUAGAAACCUGACAGAGUAUUUUGUAGCUGUAGAUGUCAACAACAUGCUCCACCUUUAUGCCAGUAUGCUGUACGAGCGGCGAGUCCUCAUCACCUGCAGCAAGCUAAGCACUUUAACAGCCUGUAUCCAUGGGUCUGCAGCAAUGCUAUACCCUAUGUAUUGGCAGCAUGUUUACAUCCCUGUCCUCCCUCCACAUCUAUUGGACUACUGCUGUGCUCCAAUGCCCUAUCUGAUAGGAGUGCAUUCAAGUUUAAUGGAGAAAGUGAGGAACAUGGCUUUAGAAGAUGUAGUAAUACUGAACGUGGACAACAAUACACUGGAAACACCAUUUGAUGAUCUUCAAAGCCUUCCUAACGAUGUGUUGGCAACACUAAAGAAUCGACUCAAGAAAGUUUCAACAACCACUGGGGACGGCGUUGCUCGUGCAUUUUUGAAGACUCAAGCUGCCCUCUUUGGUAGCUACAGAGAUGCUCUGAAGAUCGAACCUGAGGAGCCCAUCACGUUCAAUGAAGAUGUAUUUGUCUCCCACCGCUCGAGUGCCAUGAGACAUUUCCUGCAGAAUGCCAUUCAACUGCAGCUCUUCAAACAGUUCAUUGAUGGUCGACUGGAUCUGCUGAAUUCUGGAGAAGGAUUCAGUGAUAUUUUUGAGGAGGAGAUAAACAAUGGUGAAUAUGCAGGAGGAAGCAACAAAUCCUAUCAUCAGUGGCUCUUCACAGUGAAGAAAGGAAGUGGGGCCAUCAUCAAUACAAUGAAGACGAAGGCAAACCCGGCAAUGAAGACUGUAUACAAGUUUGCAAAAGAUCAUGCAAAAAUGGGAAUAAAAGAGGUGAAAAAUCGUUUGAAGCAAAAGGAGAUGGCAGAAAAUGGCUACUCGGUGGCUGGAGACAGUGUCCCGCACAAAGGUAUCGCGGCGUCCCCUCUGUCUGAGAAGAAGGAAGGGAGGCAACGGGAUGACCGGCGCCCUAUAACCAUGCACUUUGGCCAGCCAGAGAGAGUCCCUCCACCUCGCCCACCUCCACCAAAGAUAAACUCUGCUUCACCCGCACGACCUCCAAGACCACCAGUUAAGAAACCAAGAAGUAAUGUAUUGCCGACAGAGACUCGAAUAUCCUCCAUUUCAAGUCCAGAGCACAUCGUAAGGCCCACACGGCACUACACAGUGUUCCUUUCUGAGGAAUCCUCUGAUGAUGAACUUCACCAUGAAGAGAACUCUAUAUCUGCCUUCUCUGAAAGCUUUCUCUUCACUCCUUUUGAAUGGCCUCAACCCUAUAAAACGUUAAAGGAAUCCGAUACAGCAGAUGGCGAUGCUUUGAGUACAGAGAAGAGGCAAGGACACAACAUCUUUCCCAGCUUGCCCGUACCGACCAGGAACGUGGAUGUGAAUUUACUGGACGACAUUUUCAGUAGCAUUAAGAUAACUUCGCAACAUCAGCCGCUCAGCCAAGCCAAGAGUAUGGAAGAUCUGAGGACACCUAAAGAGGAAGAAAUAGAGAAUCCGUUUGCAAAUCAGUGGAAAGGGAUGGCAUCAUCUGAGAAGAACAAAGCAGUGUCGACGGGGCUGCAUCACACGCUGCCUCACACCAAGCUGCGGAGCACGGGCCACGAUGACAUGUCUCUGGACGUGAAGCCCAUCACCAGCUCAUCGCCUGGAAGCAUUCACUUUGGUGGCUUCUCAGCCUCCGCUGAGUUCAUGCUGCUGCUGAUAUUCUCAAACCCAUCAAAGUCGACGGAAGGAGUCGGGAUAGCAGGCCAACGGGUAAUCUCAGCAGUCUUUGGAUCCACUCAGCACCAGGACGGCGUUGCGACGGGGGCCAGUGCUAGCUCGUUGUCAGACAUGUUGCAAGAGUCGGGAGCUGAGCGAAACCCCCCAUCUGCCAACCCAUCAUUGGCACCGCCUCCACUGAGUUCUCCCUUCCUCAAACCCCAGCUAGCCGAUCUCCUGAGUCUGGUGGAUUUGCUGCACCAGGGACAUGACCUUGGUCCCCAAGUACCCACCACCCGCUUCCUGCCUACAGCUUCAGCUCCACUGGUGUUUGCUGCCCUGGUACUCUUACAGUUCAGCCAGACCCUGGGGUACUCGGCCCCCAGCCCUGCAACCAUGGCACAGUUUCCCCAACCUCCCUCCUACCCGUUUUCCCAAACCCUGCCCUCAGCCCUUCCCUUCCCUCAGACUCAGCCCCCCGCCCCACACUUUGCCUCUCCUGCAGCCUCUGCUUUUGUCCCGGGCUUCAUGCCGUCAGCUCCGAGCUUCUUCCAACCGCAGAUGCCCCACAGGAACUACUCGGCUCCUUCCCUCCACCAUUUGUACACUCAACCCAAGGCUCUGCCUCAAUCAGGGACCUUCAGCAAGCAAAGCACAAUCUCCUCGACAAGCCUGGGAGCCGCGAGCUACACGGCAACAGCCGCCAAAGCAGGUACGAAUGUAGCUGAUUCCAAUCCAGCCGUGCCUAGCGCAGGGAAAAACUUGACCGAGCCACCUUUGGUCCCACCAAAGCCUUCCAAAGGUCCCGAAAGAAUUUCCAAGCCCUCUGAGCCCAGCGUGGCCGGAGAUCCCUUUGCAGCUUUGCUCAACACUACGAAGAAGGAAGCAGCAACGUCGCAGAGUAGAGUUGACCAGCUGAGGAAGAGGUGGGAGACGUUUGAGUAACAGCCGACACAGGAGUGCCCUGUGGAUGAAUGAGCAACACUGGAGACUCCAUAUACUGUGGCCUUUGGACACUUCACAUUAAAAAUGUCUCGUUAGAAAGGGUACACUGUACAAGAGGCUGUUCUGUAUGGUUUCUGUAUUAGCCAUGAGCAGUGCGUCUUGUACCCGUGAUAGUUGAGGAGAGGUGGUCUCACCACACCCCUCAUGAUAUUUAAAACCCGCAGCAAGCCACGUCCAUUGAUUUACACAUGACCUGCUCUAGGUGGUGAUUUACUGUGACUUUCGCAUUCGCUUUCCUGCAAAGAAACGCUCCCCGAAAAGCAGUCGAAGCUCAAAACUAAAGGUUGCCUUCUUCGAUUGUUUUGUUCCUUUCAUAACGCCCAGUGAUGGCACCAAAGUCACCAUCGUGGCACCUCGCCCCUAGCACUGACAUUGAAUCCUUGCAUCAUGUUAAGCAGAUUCAGUACCACACUUUAAAUUUGCCAGUGUAGUUAUUAAUUCUUUUGCUGCACCCUUCUUCCGUAGUGCACUGUAUCGAGCAGUAUUUUGAUAAUUCCAUGGGUUAUCAUCAAAUGAAUCUCAACAUUCUUAAUUUCCCCAACCAUGACAUCAGAGAGUGAAACCUGUGGCUUCUGACCAUGAACUUUUCUUUUCAAAGAGUUAAUUAUGACAAAGUAUUGUGUAUUUAUUGUAAUCGUGUGUGCAAAGGAAGCAGGGGCAAAUCAGUGUUCAGCAGUAUCAUACGUUUCUCUCCCAGCUCAGCAAAGCUGCGUUAAUACAGUCUUGUUAGUAAAAUAUUUAUAUUGGCUUUGCUGUGGGAUAGGUUCUGCGUCAAUUGAUUGUGCCCGGGUUAAUAGAUUUUUCAAUUUAGAUUUGUUUAAGAAUAAUCCACGGCUCUGUGUCUAACGUAUGGUCACUACCAGUGUGAUACUAGCUAGCAACCUUGACUGAGUAUUAUAAUGGUUGACACAAUGUGCUUUGUGAUCCAAGUGGAACCGAUCUGUGCCUGUGUGUUACCACCAACGGUUUCAUGACAGGCACCAGCGCAGAAGUCCCGAUCGAAGUGAAUCCUCCUCCAAUGAUUCAAAGUCCUCACCAGGUGAGUGGGGGACUUCCUUGAGCUUUUACCAGGUUUUUAACUCACUCACGCUGCUUACUCUCCCUUCCUGAUGCACCAUUCUCUGAUCAUAAAUAGCAAAGGGUUUGUGCUUCCUAAGAUUCUCUUAAAUAACGCUCCCACCUUGGCCUGAGCAGAUAUUGGCCACUUCAGCCAAGAGGCUUGACAAGUAUUGGAGGUAACUAACGUUAAAGCUACUCAGAAAGACAUAUGAAACAACACUCCUGGGGCCCACUGCCUUUCUGUAUCUGUAUUUAGCAUUCACAUCGUGACAUUUUUACAAACUUUGAGGAAGGAAUAUUUGCUUAAGGGACUGCAGUACUAUUUGUCGAAGCUGUGUUUUUUCCCCCAGUGUCCACUCGGUUAAUGUACACGGAUCCUUUCUGGCUGAACUCUGGUGAUUCUUGUACGGAACAGUGAGAUUGCACAACUCUAUUUACAAUAUGAUGCCGUGUAGUUCAAGCAAGAUUUCGCCUCUCAUCCUGCAUCAGUUUCUGUAAGGCACUGGGCAAACCUGGUGUGCUGUGGGUUAUAAAGACUGGCAUUUCUAGAUCUCCCUCUGAUUUCUGACCCAUUUUAGCGCAUUAUCAUACCUUGGGGAAAAUAAGUUCAGCCCACCAUGUUUAAAAUAUGCAGACUUCGUUCUUAUUAAGUCACGUAACCAAUCAAAGAUGUCAUCAAAUAUUCCACAGAUAAUCUUGCAUCUGAUAAUCAAAGAACAUAUUCAGUAUUUAUAAACUGCUGGGUUACGUCUUCUCUGCCAUAUCAUUUCUCCACACUUUGACCUUAUGCCAAUAGCUUCAACAUUGCAGACUUUACUUUAAAUACGUGAGUAAUGUCUGAUGUUUUCUGAAUAGAACUGUUACUGUUGUUCAAUUCCGACAUCCGUGUUCCAUUAGAGCUCUUGCCUUCAGCUGCUGACACUUGUGUUAAAGUUUAGAAUGUAUCUCUUUCUUUGUAGUCUUUAAGGCAGAGAACUUCCAAAUGGAAGAGGUGACCCGGGUACGGCAGACCCACCAUCCCACACAUCAGGUGGCUGCUGAUUGUGCACAUGUCGCAUGUUAAGACUCUCCUACCAACAGGCUGCCCACACACCUCUCUCAAACACACACACACACUCUCUCUCUCAAACGCACGCACACUCAUACACACGCACACUCCCAAACACAUGCACACUCAAACACGCGCAUUCUCUCACACACACAUACGCAAACACGUACAAUCUCAAACACACACGCUCUCCCUCAAAUGCACACACUCACUCUUCAACACACACACACUCUCAAACGCGCACACACACUCUCUCAAAUACACAUCUACAUUCACCAGAAGGCUCCAUAGAUGAUAAAAAGGUGUUAUAUAAUAAUAUUCAGGUUCCAGUGCACUUAAUUGCACAGUCAGUCAGUCAGUGGCUCCCCAAGCCAGUGCUUAUGCUGGGCGAGGGCAACUUGUGAACGUGAUCACGGAUGGAACAACCAGUACAAAAUAAAUUCAUGUAAACAUUCAUUAGUUUAUAAAGUAUGUUUGUACUCAUAAAUAAAAUAGUUUAAUAUAUUUGCAAUUUUAAGAGAUAUUUUGCAUUUGCCUCCCAGCUAAAUAACAAAAUUUGGUUUUUUUUUUAAAUUUUGUACAAUCCACUCAAGAUACUUGAAGCGCUUAAUGAUCAGUCCUGCUCUACAUGACAGAACUUUCAAAUACCUGAAGUGGCAUUUUGUGGCCCUAAAAUCAUGAUUGACUUGAGAUGGAAUGCUCACAAUGUUAGUUGGAAAACAAGGCAUGAACCACCAAGCUAAACAUGCAGAUUAUUACUCGAUGUUUAGCUGGGUUUUUUUGUUUUACUCUGCAUAUUUUGCGCUGUGAAAAUGGCAUCCCAUCAGUGAUGAUAGUGGGAUGUGGCUUCAUUGGCAUUAAUUCUCUGCAGUUUGUCCUUGUGGCGAAAGUUUAUUUAUCAGCACAUGAUAUGGUACUGAAGAUUUGCUCGGUUUGAAGCUUGACAAAUUCUAUCGUGAAAUGAGGGUCGUAGCAACAUAAAUUGUUCAUGUAGCCACAUAAGAUGCCACAGUUCAAAACAAAUACACCUUGGUCCUAUUCAUAGCCACUUGAUAGUCUAACCCACAUGACCAAAACCUGGCACAAGUUUCCAGAUAGAUAAUUAGUUCCAAGCAGCCUUUGUACGUGUCUUUAAAGAUAUGAAAUACUUAAGCACACUUCAGCUAAGUAGAUGCAAAAUUUACACAUUUGAAAUUAAGUCGUCAAAUAAUUGCUUUGGAAAAUCCAUGUGAAGUAGUCAAUCAUAUGAUACUGCAGUGGCUUUUGACAAGAACUGUAAAACACACAUUUCCAGAGAAUUGCGAUGCGUUAUUAAUGUGCCUCAAACACUUCUGAAUGUUAAAUGAGUGUGAUAGACCACAGCUGAGGUAGAAGACAAAGCAGCUUUGAUGUUCGUGAAUCCGUUUGAUUCACCCACACUAAAUCACUACAGCAAUUCCUCACUACGAUAACAGCCAUCCUUGGCACUGUACAAUACGACGAGAGGAAUCCCGUUCAAGCUUACACGUUGCUUUUGAAAACUUGGCUCCCUAAACGCUGCUAAGUAAAUGUACCAAGUUCCUGGGUAUAUUGUGAAGAGUGUUUCUUUACCAGCUUGUCAGGUGUGCAGUUUUGUUCUAUACAUCUAUUUCUAGUUUAAUAUAUUUGUCACUAAUAUUGUGAUUGUGUUUUAUGUAUUGAAUUUUAUGGUGUUUGGCAAAAACGUUCAACUCUCCCGGAAGGGAUUUCUUGAUGUAUUGAGUAACAGCAACAGAGUCCGUGACCACAAAGGUUUUCCACUGAGCUUUCAUCCAGACUGGCCACAGAUACAAGUAUAUACACGGUGAAUUUCUGAUGAUGUUGACAUUAAGCAAUAGCUAUUGAGUGUUUAUUUUAAUUGCAAUAAUAGUACAUCUAGUAUUUGUAACCAGGGGCCCUAGUGACACUUUAACCUCAACUGGUAUCGGCAGUUUCUCGUCAAGUAUUAUGGAAGGCCCACGGUUUACCUAUUUAGAGAUUACUUAUUUUGUUGUAGAAUGUAUUGACACUAUGAUUCUCAGUCGAGCAGUUUUUUUUUUUAAAUACCCGCGCAGAAGUUUAGACACACGUUCCAUAAAACUUGCCCAAAAGAAAUGUCGCUUGGAAAAUUCAGAAGGCAGGUUUAUGUAAGUGUCGCCAUGCUUUUAAACCCAGGCUUUUCCUCAUGGCUGCUUUCCAAAGUUGGUUGUGUACAGAAAUUUCUGCAUUUCUAUGUCCAAAGACACUGUUUAGUUUCUGACAACAAAAAAAAUGGAAUCAAAGUAUGUGGAGAUAAUGGCUCACCGCACACAUUGCUGGGCCCAGAGCCCAGAGGGCCGGGCUGAGAUUCAGUGCGUUAUUAUUAGUGUGUUCUGUUAUCGAUUAUCACUCGUACAACUGGACAAAUGACUUUUGUAAUUAAAAUGGUGAAAUGGAAUUGUAAACUGGCUGAGUGAUGUUGAGGGAUUUGAACGUAAUAAAAGUGAUCAUUCUCCUG